GGCGCCGCCCCUGAGCUCCGCGCACACCCGGAAGCAGCGAGACACCAGUGGAGCUGGACCGUAUAGGGGCUCCGGCCCGGCCCAGGCUGCCAGUUUUAGUGACUGUGAUGGGACAUGUUUCCAGUGCCUCCCUGCAGGUCUGAUGAGCAAACUCUGGUUUGUCCGGGCUCUGCUUCCACUUCUUGGAGUGCGACGUCAUCUAUUGGGAGGCAAGAUGGCAGCUGGGCCAAAUGGACUGGAGGAGUGUGUGGGCAGUGCAUACUUGUUUGUGGAGUCCUUGCUGGACAAGGUGGUCCUGUCAGAUGUCUACAGUCAGCCCCAGCAGAAGGUGGCUGUGUACAGCGCUCUUAGGACUGCUUUGACAGAGAACGGUGGGAGCCCAGAUACGCUGCAAAUACUCAAGAUCCAUCGCAGUGAUCCGCAGCUGAUCGUGCAGGUGCGGUUCAGUGGGCGGCAGCCCUGCUGCUGCUUCCUCAGUGCCUACCGCGAGGGGGCGCUGCGCUCCGCACUGCAGAAGAGUUUGGCGGCGGCGCUCACCACGCACUUGCACUCUGUGCCGCUGCAGCUGCAACUGGAGCUGCGCGCCGGGGAGGAGAGGCUGGACACCUUGCUAACAGAUGAGGAGCGUUGCCUAACUUGCAUCUUUGCCCAGAAGCCCGAUCGGCUCAGGGAUGAGGAACUCAUUGAAUUGGAAGCUGCCCUCCAAAAUCUGUCCUGUGGGUCUGGAGGCCAGGAUGUAGCUCCUUCCCCCUUGCAGCCACCGGCCCCCUCUCCGUCGGAGAAGUCAUCACCAUCUGGCCAGACUUUUCUAUUCCAGGGGCAGCCCAUAGUGAACCGGCCAUUGAGCCUCCAGGACCAACAGACUUUUGCACGCUCAGUGGGCCUCAAAUGGCGGAAGGUGGGGCGCUCACUGCAGCGCAGCUGCCGCGCAUUGCGGGACCCGGCGCUGGACUCACUGGCCUACGAGUACGAGCGAGAGGGGCUGUAUGAGCAAGCUUUCCAGCUGCUGAGGCGCUUCGUGCAGGCCGAGGGUCGCCGCGCUACCCUGCAGCGCCUGGUGGAGGCGCUCGAGGAGAACGAGCUCACCAGCCUGGCAGAGGACUUGCUGGGCCUGGCGAAUCCUGAUGGCAGCCUGGCCUAGGGUGCAAGAGGAAGAGGCGGUGGCUCCGCCAGGUUUCCAGCAUCUUGAUCCUCGGGCCCGUUCUGCUGCCACUGCUGACCUCCCCUAAGACUACACUUAGCUGGACUUAGUUCAGACUGCUGGGCAGACUGCCUUCUGCAGGAGUUGGACAGACACCAUGCCUACUGCAGGUGCCACUGGGGAUUCAGUCUCUGGAGACAGAGAGCUCAAGGGACCUGCUCGAGAGGACUGUCUUACCCUUCCCCUCUUAGAAGAGAGGAUCCUGGCAAUCUGUGGACUCUUCACAAUCACGUCAUGCCUGAGGUAUCAGAGGUCCCAGAUUCAGUCCUCAGUACCACCACAAGCCAGAGCCCAGCAGUGCUCUAUUAAAAAAAAAUUACCUGCUGUCUCUAAGCUUCAAAUACUGUAGUGAAGAAGACACACUGCCCUCAGUUCACAGUGUGGGGGCUCCAAAUAUUAGCAACAGUAAUAAAAUGUUUUUAUUUUAAA